AUGGCGGCAUCCCGCGCCGCCGUCGACCUCUCACGAGAGCUCUGCGCCGCCAUCAUCAAAUCCACCUUCCGGCCCAACCUCCACCUCGCGCUCCUCGCCGCCGCGCCGUCCCUUCUCACCGCUGUCCUCCACCGCCUCUCCCCGCUCCCCUCCGCCGCGCUCGCCUUCUUCCGCGCGCUGCCGCCGCCGCAUCCGCUGGACGCCUCGCUCGCCCUCCUCCGACUCCUGGCGCCGCACCAGCGCCACCACCCGGCCGCGCGGGCGCUCCUCCGGGACCUCUCCCUCCGCCACCCGCUCUCCUCCCCGCUCCUCCUCCCCUCUCUCCUCGCCGCCGCCGACCCCCGCGUCCCCAGCUGGCUUGUCCUCGUCCUCGCCCAGUCCGCGCGCGCCCACGACGCCGUACGGGUGUUCGACCAGAUGCGCGCGCGCGGCCUCGCCCCCGACGCCCACGCCUGCACCGCGCUCCUCACCGCGCUCGCCAGGGCCCGGAUGACGGCCACCGCGCGCAGGGUGUUCGACGAAAUGGCCAGGGCCGGGCUCGCCGUCAGCACGCACGUCUACAACGCCAUGCUGCACGUGUGUCUCAAGGCCGGGGACACCGCGCGCGCCGAGGCGCUCGUCACCAGGAUGGACGCGGCUGGCGUGCCCUUGGACCGAUUCUCCUAUAACACCGUCAUCGCGCUCUACUGCAGGAAGGAGAUGAGGUACGAGGCCAUGUGCGUGCGGGACCGCAUGGACAAGGAGGGGAUACGGGCAGAUACCGUCACAUGGAACUCCUUGAUCCAUGGCUUGUGCAAGAAUGGCAGGGUGAAGGAGGCGGCUCAGCUCUUUGCAGAGAUGGUAGCGGCACAGGCGACGCCGGACAAUGUGACCUACACCACACUGAUUGAUGGGUACUGUCGUGCGGGCAAUAUUGAGGCGGCCGUCAAGCUCCGAAGCGAGAUGGAGGCGACGGGCAUGCUCCCAGGUGUCGCGACUUACAAUGCCAUUCUCAGGAAGCUCUGUGAGGAUGGCAAGAUGAAGGAAGUUAAUCAGUUGCUUAACGAGAUGGAUGAGAGGAAGGUGCAGGCUGAUCAUGUGACCUGCAAUACGCUGAUCAACGCGUACUGCAAGAGAGGGGACAUGACCUCAGCAUGCAAGGUCAAGAAAAAGAUGAUGGAGUCUGGGCUGCAGCUCAAUCAGUUCACUUACAAGGCUCUCAUCCAUGGAUUCUGCAAGGCCAAGGAGCUCGAUGAAGCCAAGGAAGCCUUCUUUCAGAUGGUCGAUGCAGGGUUUUCACCCAAUUAUAGUGUAUUUUCAUGGCUUGUCGAUGGUUUCUGCAAGAAGAACAAUGCAGAUGCAGUGCUAGUCAUCCCCGAUGAACUUAUGAAAAGAGGUCUUCCACCAGAUAAAGCAGUAUAUAGAUCUCUGAUUCGAAGGCUUUGCAGAAAAGGGAUGGUUGAUCAGGCACAAAAAGUAUUCGACCAGAUGCAAGGCAAAGGCUUAGUUGGUGACAGCCUUGUGUACACCACACUUGCAUACACGUAUCUGACUGAAGGAAAGCCAGUUGCCGCUUCGAAUACCUUGGAUGAUAUGGCAAAGAAUCAAUUGUACAUAACGCUCCAGAUUUACAACUGCCUGUGUACCUCUUAUGCUGAUGAGAAGGAAACCCUCAAUAUGCUGUGGGUUCGUGCUAUUGAGAGAGGCCUAAUCAGGAAGAGUGUGUACAAACUGAUGCACCAAGCAAGGCUGGAAUCAACGAAGCUUGCAGUUGAGACUGGGGGAUGUGCUCCUGUUUCAAGGCCAGACUAUCUAGAGGCUACACUUGGUACUUGA